AUGCUUGAUUAAGCACUAUAAUUUUCUUAUUUCAAGGAACCUCCAUCAAAAUUCCUUGAAAUUUUACAACAACCUCUUAAUGGGAUCAAAUUAAAGCCAAACUACUUCUAGCAAGAAUACUAAAAUUCUCCUAACAAAUUCAAAAGAUUGAGGAUUUCAACUUAGCAUGAAGGCACCGUUAAUAAUAUUGUUAUUGACUUAAAUAUUCCAAGUCCAAACUUCAGAGUAUAACAUAAAAUGGAUUACCUUGACAAUAAUAUCACAAUCCAUUCUCAAAUUACUAGUUAAAAAACCACACCAAAGUCAUCGCGAUCAAAUAGCCCAUUAAAGAAAGUAUAUUUAGGCUCUAGCCUAGUAACUCGAAGAAAAUUAAAUGGUUACGUAAAACGCAAAAAAUCACCUGACCCUUAUGAAAUGUGUACGCAAUUGACAAAGAAAAUAUAAUACAAGAAAACUGAAACCUUGACUAUUGCUUCUUAAACUCUCUAUCUUUUAUCAAAAUAUGGUACUUGA